AUGAACAACAUAUCAACAUCUUUGCUUGACGAUGAUAGUGCCCGUGGGGCGCAAUCACGUGGUCGAAUGUUGGGUUUGAUGGGAUACACACGCACCCAAGGCAACGACCGCGAGAUUCACUCGCGCUUCUUGGAGCUAUCUGCCAGUGUUUACUUGGCCUGGAGGGAACUGGAGGAACGACGAGGGGAUAUCUUGUCUGGGUUGCCAGCUCUGUUGGUGGGAUGUGAUGUAUCCUGGGACCUGGAGCUGCGUGACACGAGAUUUUCCGAGGCACAAGCGGUGAAUCAAUUGCUGCAAGCCAUGGAUUUUGGCAACGCAACCAACACGACAGUAGAGCCCACGGUGAUUAUCGGGCCACUGUUGAAAACAGUGGCCAAAACUGUCACAGUUCUGGCGGGAGGUGGACUGGGUAUUCCGCAAGUCAGUGUUGCAACGAGUCCAGCUUUGGAGGGAUCACCUUUGUUUGCCAGGACGACGCCCACGGACAUUAAUGAAGCCAGGGCCAUCAUGACGUACCUGCACAGCCUCGUGGGGACACCCUCAGUGGUGGCAAACGUUUUUCUGUUGACGGAUUUGCACGGAAACGAGUACUCCGUCUUGCUUCAGAACCAGGCAGACCGCUUGGGGAUCACCUUUCAGAGAUUCGCCAUACAGGAGCACAAUGAAGAAAGCAUAGAGAAGACCAUUCAAUCACUUCGAGCAUCAGGAAUCAAGUACAUCGUCCCUAUAAUGUACCAAGGAGUCUACGAGGAUGUUGUACGCAUCGCCUACCGACACGGGAUUAUUGGAAACCCAGAGUAUUUCUGGCUCUUUCAGGGAAAGGCGUCAUGGCCAAACGACAACUUUGGAUGGGAUCGAGAAACUGACGGGGACCUUGCAAAUGCUUUGGAUGGUGUGGGAACUAUACAAUUACAAGUGGACCCCUAUGAACCCUUGGAUAUUGCAGCCAAGGAGCUCCGGGAAUCACCUGAACAGUGGGCAGGCUUUGUCUCGAAAAUGGCGGAGCCCGAACUCUUUGUCAACUUUACGCCCCCAGAGACCCAAACUCCCACGUUUCGCUUCUUUGCCUUUGAUGCGGUUGUGGCCAUGGGAUUGGCAGCCUGUCGUGCCCCAAACUAUGGCCAAGACCAGAAGCAACUCUAUGAUGCUCUCCAACAUGUCGAAUUCAAUGGUACUUCCGGCCAUGUAUCCUUUGGUGCUUCGGGUUCUCGGGCGUCCGUGAGCACGCAAUACAUAGUGUGGAACUUGGUCCUCUCCGAAGCUCGAUCGACAAACACCACGUACCAUUAUGAUGCUCAAACGGUGGCAAUGAUGGUUGGCGAUCAGGUUCAGAUUCAGAAUUCCUUUGUGUAUUCCGGCAACACGACAACACCACCCCCUCCCCUUCCCCCGUUGCGAGACUAUGACUACAAUCUGGUGCCGCUAGGGGCUCAUAUUGUUGGUCUUUGCAUGGGUGGGACCAUCCUUCUUAUUUCGACGUUCCUUAUUGCUUGGACUCUCAGAAACAAAGAUAAGUUCGCGGUUCGAUCCGCCCAGCCAACGUUCCUUGUCCUGUUACUGUGUGGUGUCAUCAUCAUGGCGUGUACAAUCAUCCCCAUGACGUUCCAGGGCAAGGAAGAAUCCACCAGGCUAGAUCGAGCCUGCAUGUCGAUUCCCUGGCUGUUAUGCCUUGGAUUCGUGUGCGCCAUGAGUGCAAUCCUUGCCAAGGCAUGGAGACUGGAACAAAUCAGUUCUGGCGCCCAAGGCAUGCGACGAGUGACAGUAACAGCCAAACAAGUCAUGAAGCCCUUCUUCGUCUUAUUGAUCUGGAACGCGACAGUUCUCACAGUAUGGACGGUGGUCUCCCCCUAUCAUUAUGUACGACAACCAGUGGACAAUACUGAUCGUUCUGGACGCAACCUAGAGUCCUACGGAGUGUGCCGAAUCACCACCAACUCGAAUUGGAAAUGGAUCUUCUUUGUGUUGUUGGGAGUUGCAAACGUUGCGGGGGUUCUGUUCACUGCCUACAAGUGCUACCAAGUGCGCAACAAGAGUUUCUACUUUUCCGAAACCGUUUACUUGACCUGGUCGAUGGCUUCUCUUUUGGAGACCGGGCUGGUGGGAGGUCCUUUCUUGUUGGUGGCCAGAAACAAGCCGACCGCCCACUUCUUGGUGUCAUCGGCAUUGAUUUGCAUUACGUGUCUUGCCUUUGUCCUGCCCAUGUACGCAUUCAAAUACAAUCAUAUUGAAUCAGCAUAUUCCGAUGCCAAACGAGAUGAAGCGCGAAUAGAGGACAUUAACCGACUGGCUGUUGCAUUGGAUGGCAGCUGUGAUGAUGGUGACGACGUGAGUUUACCAGGCAGAUUGUCGAUUCAUCGAUCGGAACAUUCAACAACACAUGUGUUGGAUAGUUCCUCGCAGCAUUCCAGGACACCAUUUGGCGGCGGAAGAUCCAAGACAUUUGGACACAGAAAAUCCGGUUCUGAUGGAAAGAAAGGAAGGGACUCAUCUGCAGCUGGGUCGUCGUGGUUGUCUCUACCGAGGUGGCGGCAUAGUCAAUAG